CCAAGGCAAGAAACGAAAAAGACCAACCAACCAACAACAACAACAGCAAACCACAAUCAAACCAAACGCAGCAUGCCAGUGAAGGAGGUGAAGGAUGGGAAGGUGGUGGUAUUGGAACGGGAGGGAGACAAGGUUGAAGUGUACACGUAUGGUGCCACAGUGACACGGUGGCAGGUUGCAGGUGAAGACAUCCUCUUCCUCAGUGACAAGGCUGUGCUGGACGGAAGCAAGGCCAUUCGCGGCGGCAUCCCACUGGUGUUCCCCAACUUUGGCGCGUGGGAGUGCGGCCCAUCGCAUGGCUUUGGGCGCAUCUCCACCUGGACAUGGGACAAGGACGCUGCCGGCGCUGGUGACUCCGAGGAUGGCACCACCGCCGUCUUUGUGCUGGAAGACAACGAGCAAACUCGCGCCAUGUGGAACCACAAGUUCCGCCUCGAGUACACGGUCACCCUUCGCAAAGCACAGCUCGAAUGCAACCUGAAGAUCCACAACACGUCAGAUGAGAGCUUUGACUUCACGACGCUGCUGCACACGUAUGUGCGGGUGCCGUCCAUCAAGGCCGUUACCAUCAGCCCGCUGAAGGGCUCGCUCAAGCUGGACCAGCUGGCAGACCGGGCAUCUGUGGUGGAGGAUCAAGAACCGCUCACCAUUGCGCAGAAUGUGGACAGCAUCUACGUUGCCGUGCCGCAGUCGCUUGUGAUUGACAACGUGGCGACGUCACGCGCUCCGACGCCCGACGAUCACUCCACCGCCCUCACCCGGCGCAAACUCACCCUGGACAAAGCAAACCUCCCAGACACAGUGGUGUGGAACCCGUGGGUGGAGAAGACCAAGGCCAUGGGUGAUCUUGAUGACAGCGCGUACAAGCAGUUUGUGUGUGUGGAGGCGGGACACGUUGCCGAGAAGCACACCCUCGCACCGGGGCAGCACUUCCACGGCGGGCAGACACUCACGCUCGAGGCAUACAGGUGAUGAUGGUGAUGAUGAUGAUGAUGAUGAUGAUGAUGAGUGAUGAUGAUGGCGAUGAUGAUGAUGAUGAUGAUGAUGAU